AAACCUAUGAAGCAAGACGUGUGUGUGUGUGUGUGUAUGUGUGUGUGUGUGUGUGUUUUACCAUCAUACAGUAGUUGUGACAGAGGCAGUAAAGAGGUCGGAUUGUGGUAGUAGUAGUGGUGGUAGUUGUGGUUGUAGGAUGGAGGUGGUUGUAGUGGUGAAAAUACUCUGUUUAUUAAGUGUUUCAUACACCGCAUCUGCUGAGCAUAACUGCUCCAAGUGGGUGACAACAGGAGUGGAUGAUACCUGGUCAGGACACCAAUUUGAAGCGCCAGUACCUACUUACCUGUACUUUCGAGGGCAGGAAAGUGAGGCAGUAACUAAUCUACAUAUAUGGUAUUAUAAGAAUCACUCAGAACAUUUCCUCACCACUCAGAAGUUAAUUUAUAAGAUCUCAGGUAAUCAGGUCUUUCACAUGGCUACAAUCAGAUCACAGAACCACCACAACACGACAAGAGCCCAGCUGUUUAUCAAUCCUCAACACCAAUUACUCCUGGGUCAAGGGUCGUUACAUAGUUUGAUCGUAACAAGCAAUUCGACUGUCUUAUGGCGAGGCUGUUACCAACCGGAUCUAUAUGGUACAAGCCCAGGUGCUACAUGCACAGGUACAAGCCCAG